AUGCAACUCGCACCUGACAUACCCAUGGCCACACACGUAGGGGUAGCAACACUUCGUGUUGCUGACUUGGAGGAUACUUCAGGCAUGGCCACCCCUCAAAAAGUCCGUUUGCUUCUCCAGUCACCGUCUGUCACUCCCGAGCUUUCUCAAAAUGGAAGCGCUCUCCCAAGGCUUACCGCAGUACAUCUUGUGGUUGAUUGCUUCGUUGAAUCGCGUGCGAGCGCUGAACCUCACUAUGAUUUGAAGAAUCGGAGCGGAUCUCACGAUAUGACGUGUAGAGAAGAGCUAUCCGUCUCAAGCACUGAAAUUGUUUUUGCGGUUUGGAAUGCUUGGAUGCAGAGGGGCUGCCUCUCCAACGGAGGACCACUUGAGGGACCACUUCGCGCUGGGCUACAGCUGCCACCUGUGGGGGAUGUCAAAUAUAAUUCCAAAGCUACGACGAACAAUGUUGAUAAAUUUGAAGGGCGAGCUAAGCAAAUGGUUCCACCACAAGGCUGGCGAGGUUUGCUGAGUGCCUAUUCUGCGCUGUACCGGGUACCUCGUUCAACGAUUGCUCUCGCAGAGGCCAUGAUUAUCGCAAGGUCUUGGACUUCAGGACCAGAACUAUCGAUCAUAUCUGAAAUACACGCUCGUCUUGCAAUGUCAGUUGCUUCUAUCGCCUCCGGUCGUGCAGCUCAGACAGAAAGAGCAAUGCAUGCCAAGGCAGCAGCAUUUAUCUUACCGCACGCUGAAAAAUCUCUGCAAAAAUGGCUAGCGCCUCCACCAGGUACAAUCACCAAGGAGGCAAUAUCGAUUAUUCGGGCACUGACCCCUGUGUUGGCGUUGUGCCUACCACUUGAGACAUCUGCAUCGAAGUUUGCGAAUUAUAUGCAUCGCGCUGCUCUUCAAGCUGUGAUGAUACGAACCCUCGGCAGUCUGAGUCCAAUCACACGAGAUGGGGAUACAGCUGGCGUUGCCAUGCGACAGGAAAAUGAUGCGAGCGAUGCAAGUCAAACAUCAUUCAAUUGCGCGCGCAGCGAUACUGUCCCGAGUGUGUCAGCUCUGAAGGAUGUCGUACUUCCGAAACAUGCAUCAUUUGGCUCAGAUGCGCCAUUAUCAUUUUCGCGUGUCACCUCUGCAGUAAAUUUGGCAAUCGCAUGCUUCGAUGUUGACAUGAGUGUAUAUAAAGCUCUACCGUCUGGAGUGUCUGCUGCACCUGUAGUUUUCCACGGCAUGGUCGCGGUGCUUAUGCAGGUUGUGAAUGAUGUCAUAGUCUCCGCAUGCAAACUGUGGGCGCCUCCGUACGGCAAACCCUUUGAAGACCUUGAAUCUGCACUAAGGCAGCUCCGGAUGAAGUUGCACGGUGCAGGUGUAGUGUCCGUGGCCGGUUCACUCUCUGUUCGGGCAAUCGAACGAUUGAUGAGAAUCCCACUCAACCAUAUGCUGAGCUCGCUGUGUCCACGUCUUGUUGGCAUUUUAGAGAAGGGUGUGGCGCGGGAAAGGUCGAUUUCACUACCCCCUACUCCAGUUGCCCCUGCUCGAGGGGCAAUGCAUUCUGCCUCGCUUGUUGACCUCUUUGCUGCACUUCGUGAUGCAUAUAUUGCUGCGAUGCCCGCAUCGGUCAAUGAUGAUAUUCGAUGGCACCAUCAUACCAAGGAAGUUGAUAAUAUUUUGGCCCAAGCUCUAUGCUGGUACGUUGGUGAGCAUGAACGCGACUGUCUAUCAGAAGUUCGUUCAUCACGAGCACGCUUAUGGGCCGACCUUGAUCGAUCUCAUGUCAUUCCUCGUGAAAGCUCAAUUGCUGAAGGAGAAAGUUACGAUACCAAAGAUGAUGUUAACGCUAUUACAGCUACGCUUUCGUGUGGCUUUCAUACUCGUUUGAGCAAUAUCCACGCUUGUGUUGCUUCUCUCCGGGCUCUUCGUGAGGACUGUCCUCUUCUCUGGCGAGGACGCGAAUCAGAGCCAGCUGCUGCUGAGAAACACGACCAGGAGGUUGACAACUCUGACAGCGAAGACGACGAAUUACAACAGGAUGAUGUCGACCAGAGCACAAGACUGAACUUUAAGAAUGGCCAGAAAGAUUCCUACACAGCACAAGUUGAGAUAGUUAAUUUCAACUUUGAUGUUCUAUUGCGGAAAUUGCGAUGUUCACGUGCAUCUGUGAUUGCAGCAGCAGCAGAAUUGUUGAUGGAUGUCAUCACACCGGAUCUCUCGCUGGCAGUGUUAUCACCUGACUUUGCAACACGGCGGAUCGCCCUUGCAAAGGUCUUCGAUAUUAUUGACGCUGAGUUUGCAAUAAUGAAUUCAUCCCUGGCUGCUGGCGCUUUCCGUUUGGCUGCGGGAUCCAUCUACCGCGCUUUAUGUGCUGCUCUUGAACGAUUGAUACUGCAUCGUUCGCAUGAUGACAUUGAUUCGUAUGUCGCAUCUUUAUCUAUGGGAGCGUACGCUGCAAACGGUGGGUGUCUUUCCGGGACGUCAAAGCCUUUGACAGAAUCGCAACACUCCAGAGUGGUUGAAAUUGCUGAUGCACUGCAUGAUUUUCUCGCUGUUGAUGGAGCGGGGGUUCCAGCACAGGUUCUUGCUGACGGCGAAAAGAGGCUGAGACGGCUUUUAAAUCUGUGGUUUACUCCAACUGUAGAAGUGUGUAGAGAAUAUCACCGACAGACCGAUGCAAUCGCACAUAGAGGUGGUGGAGCAGCCAUGUCUGAUCAAGAUGGUCCUGUGAGCGUUUUGAGACCACCGGAAGGUGGGGGUGUUGGUCUUCUUGAUCUACUUCAAUUACUCGCACAGCGAA